AUGAAUUUUCUCACUUUGCAACAGGGGAAUGAGUUAGAAUCUCAGGAUGACACUCAAUACACAGUUGGUAGAUAUAGAAUACAUCCAACAGGUAAUACAUCACACAAUGUACAUAGUUCAGCAUCAGCUUUAGACCAACCUGGUGAGACUACGCCGUUAAUUCAAGGAAUUAGGCCUACAAUUCCAUUUCCAAAACAUGAUCCAGGUGAUAAGCCAGGUGGUGGAGGCGAAAAUGUUAAUCAUACAACUUUGAGUUUUAUAAAAAAAUUAUUCGGAUAUUAUGCUUCAAUAUUAUCAUCAUCAUCAGAAUUAAAUAACACCGAUAUAUCAAACCUUCCAAAUCAUGACGAAAGACCAUUUGAAAUUAAUUUUUGGUUUUUUCUAUUUUUUUAUUAUGGGUUUUAUAAUGCAAUAGCCUUGUUGAUGAUAACAAAAGUAUUUGAUCUUUACUCACUUAAUUGGUGGCCAAAGAAGUUGGGUGGUGUGUCUGCAUAUACAAUGUUUUGGUUAUUAUCAUUGGCAGGAGGGGUAUUGAUAUACGAGUUUACAGAAUUUGAAAGAUAUAACAUGACUUGGGUAUUGCUUACAUUUUUAACAAUGUGCAUGCCCUUAAUAGUAGCAUUUACAGUGAUAAGAAGACAAAACAGAAACACUUAUAGGAAGUCAUUAACACCAGCACAAAAAACAUUUCUUGAAACUGAACUGCAAUCACGCAUACCUGCAUCUUACAUUAGGUUUUUAUGGUUUAGUGCUAUUUUGUUUAUGAUAAUGAUUGCACUUAUAGCUGGUGAAUCAUAUGCAUUUAUAUUUUUGACAACUAAAAAUCAUACUGGCAUCGAUGCAUUUGUUUAUGUUUAUUCAUGGCUGGCAACAGUAUACAUACUGGAUACAAUCACCGACUAUGUGAUUGAAACACGAGUGAAGUCAAACUUAUUUGCCAGGCUUCGGGAUCCUGGACAGUAUAUUAUUAUUCAGGCAGCUAGUUCUUUAUGGGUCUGUAUAUUCUAUCCAUUAUGUAUGACUCAAACAGUUCAUAGAUAUUUGGUUACAUAUGUUGGAUUACAAAAAGAUUAUGAAACAUAUCAGAAACAAUGUGGUCGAUCUUUUUUCAUACGAAAUCUGGCAGAAAAUGCAACAAUGUUAGGAUUUUUGGGAUGGUUAUGCAUAAUUCAUUACGGACCAAAUUACGAGGUGUAUCCAUAUUUUAAAUUUGUUGACGAAAAUAAAGAGCUUGAUAUCUGGUGGACUUUAAAGGCUACUUGUAAAAUUUGGGCAUUUGAAUUGAUUAGCGCAAAGGUCACUAGAAUAAUAUACGAAAAAUAUUUUAAAAUUAAUAUUAGACGUGAAGCGGUUGCUGAUUUUAAGAAAUAUCCAGAAAUGGUUGUGGCUAUGCUUGUGAUUAUUAUUCAUGUAUUGCAGGAUAUGUUAAUGGCCUUGUUAUCAAUGAACUUUGAGGGUGGAAGAGGAGCAAAAACAAUAACACCAACUCUAUCAUCUAUAUAG